AAUUAUUCACUGUAAACAACCGAAGAUGGUGUGAAAUGCCCGGAUGUUGAGAGUACCUACAAACUGGAGUGGAUGGUUAACUGCAAGAACUACAACACACUGGAGAAGAGCAUGGCCAGAUCUAGUAAAGCGACUUUAGCUUUGCUCAUCUACGGAAUCAUGAUGCACUACAGCGCCUACUGCACGCCUAUUGGGAUGACUUUUCCCAAGAUGAGACUAGACAACGAUGUAUUUGACGAAGACGGAAACUCGUUAAGCGACCUGGCUUUUGGGACUGAUCAAAUUGCUAUACGAAGUCCUCCCUCUCUCACGGAUGACCUGUACACGCUAUACUAUCCGCCAGAGAAAAGAACGGAAAGGCAUGCAGAUGGAUUAUUAGAUAGAGCCUUGAGGGACAUCCUGGUUCAGUUAUCAGCACGAAAAGAUCUGCAUUCUCUGAUGGCAGUUCGCGUAGGGUAAGGGCAAUUUUUUAGCGU